AUGUCUUUACCAGUUCAGCCAUCGCCGACGAUCCUUCUUCCCCAACUCCCACCUAAGACCUUAGUCGGCAUCGAUCUCAUAACCUUCACCUCUACCGCCAAAUUCCACGGAAUCAGAGACCUCCCAGAUGGAUGGCACUUCCUCUAUACCGGCACGACAGAAAGUCUUUCCUUACGCUCCGGGGCAUGGUUUUACAUUGGAGAUAUCAAUACAGUCGGAUAUGGACACAAUGAAUCCGCACUCGUAUCACAUAGACCAAAGAAAGGCCAGAGCAAUGAACCCGAGAUCUACAUCUGGAAAUGGAGUGCAGACACCGAGUCUCUCACCUCGCUGAAAUAUGACAACGAUAGGGACUGCCAAGAAGCUAUGCGCUACAAAGCCAACUUGGGUGCGAUCUGGCAGAGCGGAGGCUUAUUCCGGUAUCGAAGCCGUGUGUCCAAAUCAAUGGUCCCGAAUGCAGAUGCAACAAUAAAUGGAGAACCAGCACAGCUAGAAGACGACGAUGAAAGUGAGGAAAGCGGCCGCAAGAAUUGGCGGUGUCUUACAAAUCGAAUUUUCCCUGAUAUCCUGACACGAAUGAUCGGAAAUCCGAAUUACGAUGUUGAUGCGCAUCCAAGGUGGAUGGUUACCUCGGCCAGUACGGCAAACCGCGAUGCUGAUCAUAUCCCUGGACUUGACCCGCAGAAGGUGGGAGAGGACGGUGUUCCGGAGACUUUGGGUGAACAGGAACGGGAGUUUGGGUUUCUUCCUGUUGACCUGAAAAAUACCUGGCGAGAGGGUGCCAUUGGGCGUGAAAGGACCGAGGCAGCUCAAGAUCGAUCCUGGGCGUUAGGGGAUUUGAUAGAUCGAUUCUCGAAGUAUAAACAUCCAGGAACGGGAGAAAUACUAUCUGACGAGGAACUGGGAGAGGCGCAUGUGCUCGGAGAGUUACAAUUCACAUUCUUAAUGGUAUUGACCAUGAUGAACUACUCUUGUUUACAACAGUGGAAGCGGUUACUUGAGCUCGUCUUGACAUCCCGUGCGGCCAUUGUCGACAAAGAAGGUUUCAUGAGUGAGUUUGUCGGUUUACUGCUGCGGCAAUUGAAACGAUGUGAUGAUGUGGAGGGUGGAUUGUUUGAAAUGGACGGGGAUGAUGGCGGUGCAUUCCUUCGCAAUUUGCUGAAGAAAUUCCACCGUUUGGUGUAUCAAGCUGUCGACGAGAACAAGGGAUCCUUGGUGAAAAAGGAGCUUGCGAAAUUGGAGAGUUGGGUGAGGGAGGAAUUUGAUUGGGAGCUGACCCACGAGUCCAUUGUCAAACGUGGCAUGAUCCAAUUGGAGGAUGGCGAAGAAGUCGAACUAGACAUGGAUGACAAUGACGAGGACGAAGAGACCGGCGAGUACGCACCUAUGAUUGUUGAUUCGGAGGAAGCAACUCUCUAG